CGUCGUCCACCUGUCCGGGCCACUACAAUAAUCCCCUGCCCAAUCCCGUCUUAGCCGCUAGGGUUACGCGCCCACGGCGACGUCUGCCUGCGCCGGGCGUGCUCCGAUUGGCCGGGCUCCUGGGAUCCUCGCCUCCCCGCGCCCCACCGCAGCGAGAGAAAGAGAGAGAGAGGGAUAGAGAGAGAAGGGGGGGCGGAGGGAGACGACGCGCUCGCCUAUUGGCCGCCGCCUCCGGGCGAGCCUCCGCGCCCAGUGAAACAGAGCAGCGCGGACCUUGACGACGCGGCCGGCGAGGCUCCUGCGAGGGUGAGCACCGAGCAGCAUCAUGGAGUCGCGGCCGGGCGGAACGAACCUGGUGGAGCCCAGAGGGCAGGGCGCCGCGCUGCCGUCGGUCGGCGCGGCGAUGCAGCCGUGGUGGACGACCUCCGGGGCCGGGCUCGGUGCGGUGUCGCCGGCCGUUGUGGCGCCAGGGAGCGGGGCAGGGAUUAGCCUGUCGAGCAGCCCAGUAGGUGGUAGUGGUGGUGCCGGGGCGUCCAAAGGCGCCGCGAGUGACGAGAGCAGCGAGGAUUCACGGAGAUCUGGGGAACCAAAAGAUGGAAGUGCUGGUCAAGAAAAGAACCAUGCCACAUCACAGAUGCCUGCUUUGGUGUCAGAGUAUUUGGCACCAUAUUCACAGCUGGAACUGAACCAAUCAAUUGCUUCGGCAGCAUAUCAGUACCCAGAUCCUUACUACACUGGCAUGGUUCCUCCCUAUGGCACUCAAGCUGUGGCUCAUUUCCAGCUACCUGGAUUAGCCCACUCUCGCAUGCCAUUACCCCUUGAAGUAUCGGAGGAGCCUGUUUAUGUAAAUGCAAAGCAGUACCAUGGAAUUUUAAGGCGAAGGCAGUCACGUGCCAAGGCUGAACUUGAGAAAAAGGUGGUCAAAACCAGGAAGCCCUACCUUCAUGAGUCUCGUCAUCAACACGCAAUGAGAAGGGCGAGAGGAAACGGGGGACGCUUCCUGAACACAAAGAAAACUGACAAUGGUUCUCCCAACGGUAAUGGUGAUCCUGAGAAAGGAGACCAACACUCAGAGCAUCUCCAUGUCCCUCCUGACUUACUACAGCUACGACAGAACGAGGCAUGAAGUAGGGGUCUUGCAUCCUAGAACAGUGGUUUCUGUCCACAGGCAUAGGCACUUGAGACCGGAUUCCUGGCCCUGCACCGCGCUGCCAUCUUAGCGACGUUGCAUUCAUUGUGCAAGGCUUUCCAAGGUUCGUUCACCUGAAUGAGCUUGGUACCAGGUCCUGGCAGAACGCAAUGCGGGCACAGGAGUCCAUGGGAGUGUCCAAUGCUAUGGGUAGGUCUGCUGUUUUCAGGCAAUUCAUUCUUGGCUUUCACAUUCCGCCCUUGUGUGUACAACUGGUGUGUUGUAAUUGAAACUAAGGUUGUGUUCGCUUGUCAGCGUCCCGUGGAACAACUGUAUAAUUAAGAUCAACUUCGUAUUAAGGGGGUGCUUGGUUCCCAGCCACAGUUUGCCACAUCUAACCUUAGGCAAGUUUGAACAAGGUGGCAAGUGUUUGGUUGGACAUCUAAUGGCAGGAUUCUUUAGGCUCCACAUGUCAUAGAAACAAAAAGUAUGGUAAGAUUCUCUUUGCCAUGGCAAAGUGUGGCUUCAAAUUUAUUUGUCACACUUUUUGUGGCUUGCCACACUUGCCAAAGAUUAGGUGUGGUAAAUAGUGGCUAGCAACUAAACAUGCCCUGUGUUGCUGUGAAUUUGAACUGUAACAAUGCUACAGCCGAGCCAGUUAUUCAGAUGUAGCAACUCAUGUUGGUCUGUUUGGUGUUCA